UCACUACACAGCAGCUGUCGGAGCAGCGAGCCGCUGCGUCUGAGCUGAGUUUUGGGUGUGUUUGUAUUCGAGCUGCAGCAGCAAUAAUGUUCAACUCUGUUUGUCGUUUUCCCUCCAAUGAUGCGAACGAGGAAGAAACGUCGGUCGGAGAAAAAGAAACAAUGGCCUCCUCCAUUCCUCUCUCCAAGCCCAACACCACCUUCUCUCUGGCUCUGCUCAGAAAGCUGAGUGAGGACAAGAAGACUGCAAACAUCUUCUUCUCUCCUUUCAGCAUCUCUUCAGCUCUGGCUAUGGUGAUGCUGGGAGCCAGAGGAGACACAGCCACUCAGAUAUCAGAGUGCUUAAAAACCCAGAACUGUCAGGAUGAUGUCCACAUUCUGUUUGCCAAAACACGGAGUGAGCUCAACAAGCCCGACGCUAAGUUUGUUCUCAGUGUUGCCAACAGACUGUUUGGAGAGAAGUCCUACAGCUUUCUGCAGGAGUUUUUAACCCAAACAAAAACUCACUACGACUCAGAGUUGGAGGCUGUGGACUUCAAAACCAAAUGUGAGGAAGCCAGGGUCAAGAUCAACAACUGGGUGGAGGAGAAGACACAAGGUAAAAUCAAGGAUAUGGUGGUUAAGGGCAUGGUGAACGACAUGACCAAGAUGGUGCUGGUUAAUGCCAUUUACUUCAAAGGCAACUGGAAUGCGGCCUUCCAGAGAUCAAAUACCCGUGAGGUUCAGUUUAGACUCAACAAGAAAGACACAAAACCCGUGCAGAUGAUGGAACUUAAAAGCCACUUCAACUAUGCCUCCAUUGAUGAAGCCAGCUGUGAGAUUCUGGAGAUUCCCUAUGAAGGGAAAGCGCUGAGCAUGCUCAUCUUUUUACCAAGACAGAUAGAAGAUAACGAAACAGGUCUGAAGAAGCUGGAGGAUCUCCUGACGUACGAGACGUUCAUGGAGUGGACUCAUCCACGUGAGAUGGAAAGCGGUGAGAUUAUCGUGAAGAUGCCUCGAUUCAAGCUGGAGGAGAAGUAUGACUUGAACAGAGUCCUGAGCAGCAUGGGCAUGGUGGACGCCUUUCACGAGACGAAGUGCGACUUCUCUGGAAUGUCAAGCAACAAAGGGCUCUUUUUGUCACAAGUCUCCCACAAGGCUUUUGUAGAAGUGAACGAAGAAGGAACUGAAGCUGCUGCUGCCACGGGUGGUUUGGUGGCAGAUAGUGUUUCCUUCUUCACUGCAGACCACCCCUUCCUGUUCUUCAUUCGUCAUCGAAUCACUAAGACCAUUCUCUUCGCUGGACGCUUCUGCUCCCCCUAGCACACUCUAUGACCUUUGGAGCAGGCGGGCUACUAAACUCCAGUCUUCGAGGGCUAAAGUCCUGCCACUUCUAGAUGUCCUCCUGGUUCAACAUGGACGAGUCGCCUCCUGAGCAAGCAAUCAAAUUCUUCAUAGUCAAACUAAUAACCAAUGGCCAAAAAUUCUCACCAGCACACUCUACACCCCAUAAAAUGACCACGACAGCAGCCACACUACAUUGCUGUCGUAUACAAGAUUGCACUUUUACAAAGGUCACCGAGUCCUUUUCCAAAGCUUGUGCCGAAAUUCAUCUUGGCAAUCUAUGUUUGCACUGGAGUAAAUGUUAACCAUUAUGUGGAGAUGAACUUAUUUGAAUGCACAUGUUUAAUUGUUUUCAAGCGUUAAGCUGCCAAAAUUGUAAAUUUCUUAAGACUGGCACGAAGAAAUGGUCAUUCCCUGGGUGUACUGACAGAAACCGUGACAUCGUCUGUAUUCCCUCUGGUACAAAGUGACGUAAUGAUAGGCGUUAUUUUUUUUAUUUUUAAUGAUUUCCUUUGUCGUGCCAGAACUUGUUGCCAUAUCUUUGAGCAUUUUCUAUGGACUACAUUCUACAUUUUUAAAAGAUUUUUUUUUUUAGUUGUCAAACUUUUUGUUGUCUAGACAAAAGUGUGGAAAAUCCAUGAGCAAUAAAAGGCUGUAAGAAUCUCAGUAA